UUUAAUAGAUUCCCACUACCAAGGUCGGAUUAUCAAAUAAGCCCUUUCUAUUUAUGAACCUCCAUUAAUGAAAAACACACCGUCAAUGUCUGCAAAUUAUCAUCUCUUUCCUUAAACACAUCCUCUUUGUUAAGCUCUUCUUCAUCUUCUCCAAAAACAAGGGUCACCAUGGCUGUGAUUCCAGUACGUUUCAAAUUGCCUUAUAAAGAUCAAAAUUGUGACUGCAAAUGCAAUGGUUGGCAAUCGCGUCAAGCUGAGAUUGGGUAUAAAAAUGGAGGUUUUAAUGGACAUCAAUGGCGUAUUUGGACAUUCACUAGUGUUCAUCCAAGACCCUUCUCCAUGAAAGCAUUGCCCAAAGAAAAUUCACACCUGAUCUCUUUGGAUUCUUAUUUUCGAAAGCUUCAAGAAGAUUCAAAUAAGGGUUCUACCAUGGUGUUGGUUGAUAGAAGUGGAGAAAGUAGCAUAAAGAAGGGGCUGCUGGAAUCUCUGGAAGCUUAUCUUGGUAAACUUGAUGAAGAUUCAAAUUCUAAAAUCCAAGAGAAAACCCCGGAAGACAACCAAACCGUACUUCCAUUUUCUGUCGGCGAAGAUGCGAUCGAUGAAAAAGCAAAAUUCAGAAGCGAUAUCGGCUUCAGGCUAAGGGAUGUUAACAGUGUCACAAAGAAGUCUGAAGCCUUGCAAUACUCUGAUGAAGCCUCUCAUCUCUACUUAGUAAGCAUAGUGGCAUCCAUAAACAUUGCUGUUUUUAUAUUUGAGAUAGCCACUCCAGUUAAAAUCUCAGAGUUGCAGCUAUUUUCCAUCCCUUCAUUAUAUGGAGCCAAAAUAAAUGAUCUCAUUCUGGUUGGAGAAUGGUGGAGGCUUGUCACACCAAUGUUUCUGCAUUCCGGAAUUCUUCAUGUAUCUCUUGGCUGUUGGGCGCUUCUUUCUUUCGGGCCUCAAGUUUGCAGAUAUUACGGAUCCUUUACGUUUUUCUUAAUAUAUUUGCUCGGCGGCUUCGCCGGAAACUUGAUAAGCUUUCUUCAUACGCCCCAACCAACAGUUGGUGGCACGGGACCAGUAUUUGCGGUGAUUAGUGCAUGGCUGAUUUAUCAAAUACAAAAUAAAGGUGUAAUUGCAAAGGAUGCUUCGGAGAGAAUGUUCCAAAAGGCAAUACUAGUGACAGCUCUUAGCUGCAUAUUAAGCAAUUUCGGUCCCAUUGAUGACUGGACACAUUUGGGAGCAGCGUUUAGUGGUAUAGCAUAUGGUUUUGUCAUAUGCCCUACGCUACAAGUGGAUGAUACAUCUUCAAGAACUGGUCGAGAAGAACAAAUCAGACUUGUUGGACGAUUUGCCGAUCCUUGCAAAUCACUCCUUGUCUUCGCUAUUUUCAUUCUUGCUUUCGCCUCUCUACUUUUCUUUGUAGAACCUCCCAUCAACACCACUAUAUACGGAUUUUAGCUUAGUUGGAUCAGGUGACAUUCGGCGACUGUAUCUGCAAUUCUUCUUUCUCCAGCCUCUUUUGUACCAAAAGAAAAGAAAAAUCUAUAGUUACUUUGCUCACAAUAAUUAUGUACAGUGGUAGCAUCUAUAAGAGAAAUAAUAAAGAUCUUGCAUGUAUUGGAAUAAA